AAUGUGACAUGCCAUUUCCUGCUGUUUUGUAUUUUCAUUUAUCAACACACACGCAGAGAGAGAGAGAGAGAGAGAGAGAGAGAGAGGAAAAAGAAAACAAAAAAUUGAAGCAAAGCAAAGAAGAAUGAAUGAAUCGUGAGUGAGUGAGCUUGUUCCGUUUUACUCGGUGAAUCUUGUUCUCUGUUGUGGUAAUGGCGAAGAGCGAUGAUAGCGGUGGGAAGGCGUUAGAAUUGAAGGAGAAGUUGCGGGGACUGAUGAAGAUUAUCGUUGAGGGCGAUGACUAUACUGUUAACGCCGUUGAUGAGGCUAUUGCUGCUCUUUCGGCUCUUAAGGAUUUCAAGUAUGGCAAGUCUUUCUCUGAUAAAUUGGAUGACUUUUCCUUUCCUCCCGAAUUUCGAUGCCCCAUUUCAACACAAUUGAUGAGCGAUCCUGUUAUCUUGUCCACUGGACAGACUUAUGAUCGGCCAUUCAUCCAGAGGUGGUUGAAUGAAGGCCACAGAACAUGCCCUCAAACCCAGCAAGUACUCUCUCACUCAAUCCUUACACCUAAUUACUUGGUCCGAGACAUGAUUGCACAUUGGUGUAGGAAGCAUGGAAUUGAGCCACCGAAGCCUGUUCAGGACGCCAAUGAAGCAGUAACUGAUGCUGACAAGGAGCAUUUGAAUUCACUGCUUCAAAAGUUGUCAUUGUCUCUUCCUGAUCAGAAAGAAGCUGCAAAAGAGCUUCGGCUGUUAACAAAGCGAAUGCCUUCAUUUCGAACCCUCUUUGGGCAGCAGUCUAGUGAUGUGAUUCCGCAGUUGCUCAGUCCAUUAUCACCUGGCACGGCGUGUAUUCACCCUGAUCUACAUGAGGACUUAAUCACAACUGUUCUAAAUCUCUCAAUUCAUGAUGAUAAUAAGAAAGUGUUUGCAGAGGAUCCAACUGUCAUUUCUCUGCUUAUUGAUGCCUUGAAAUCUGGUACCAUUCAAACAAGAAGCAAUGCUGCUGCAGCUAUUUUCACAUUAUCAGCACUUGAUUCCAACAAGGAGAUCAUUGGAAAAUCUGGAGCUAUUAAAUAUUUGCUCGACCUUUUAGACGAGGGACAGCCAAUGGCCAUGAAAGAUGCUGCUUCAGCCAUAUUCAACCUAUGUCUUGUGCACGAGAAUAAAGGGAGGACUGUGCAAGAAGGGGCAGUUCGGGUUAUUCUGAACAAGAUCGUGGAUCACAUUCUAGUUGAUGAGUUGUUGGCUAUACUGGCACUCCUCUCCAGUCAUCCUAAGGCUGUUGAAGAAAUGGGUGAUCUCGGUGCUGUUCCUUUCUUACUGGGUAUUUUAAGGGAGAGCACUUCAGAACGCAGCAAGGAAAAUUGUGUUGCAAUUCUAUAUACAAUCUGUUAUAGCGAUAGAACAAAGUGGAAGGAAAUCAGAGAAGAAGAAAAAGCCAACGGUACACUGUCUAAGCUUGCACAAUGUGGAACUUCAAGGGCGAAAAGAAAGGCUAACGGGAUUCUUGAUAGGCUCAGAAGAUCUCCCUCCUUAACACACACUGCUUAGUGAAAUUAAAUCUUGAAAAUUAGAAAUCACCACUUUGUAAAUAAAUGUGGUCAGUUCUUUCUGUACAAACCACCACAGGUAGCUGUAAAAAUGGUAAAGAAAAGUUCACAUAUUUUGUACAUUACCUGCAUACAGUACCUUCACAUUCA